AUGACCUGGUCUCUCUCGUUUCCUUACCCACCUGCAAAGGAUGGGUACUGGGAGCCCGUUACCGCGACCCUCAACUGGUGUGAAGAGGACUACUAUGCCACCGAGUAUGCCGCCGAAAUCGUGAACACUCUGACUAACCUGAUGUUCAUGUGGCUCGGUGUCCAGGGUAUCCUUAGCUGUCGUCGAAAUGGACAUGACCAGAUCUUCAACCCCAUGCAGCUAGUAGACGAACUGUCUAUGAUCUACACCACCUGCCUGAUGGCCUAUGCCUUGUUCUCAUACUCGCGUUCCACGGCGGUACGAGUAUGGCUUGGUCUUUCCCUCGCUGGUCUCGCCAUAUUUAUCACCCUCUACUACCACUAUCUCCAAGACCCAAUCUUCCACCAGAAUGCCUACGCGCUCCUGACUACUGUCGUCGUCCUACGCAGCAUGUAUAUCAUGGAAGUGACCCUUCGACCCAAAUGGCGCCACUCCACAGAGCAGGACCGUCUGGAGCGCCAGAAGAAGGGUCUCCCUGUGCCGACGAAGGAGCGCCAGCAUUACGAGAACGUGCGCGACACCAAGAUGCUCAAGACCAUGUGGUUCAUGGUCAUCUACGGGCUGAGCAUGUUCUUGGGAGGUUUCUUUAUUUGGAACUUGGAUAAUAUCUUCUGCUCUGAAAUCCGUCGGAUGCGCCGUGCCGUCGGUUUACCGUGGGGUCUGUUCUUGGAAGGCCAUGGCUGGUGGCAUGUCAUGACCGGUAUUGGUGCAUACCUCUAUAUUGUGUGGGGCAUCUGGCUCCGUCACUGUCUCAACAACCGACAAGACGAGUACCACCUGCGCUGGGCGCGAUUCUGGCACAUCCCUGACGUGGUUCGCGUCUCUGAUAUGACUGCGGCCAAGAAGUCAACGUGA